CAUUUUGAUAUACCAAACGGCAUUUUCGCAGGCGGCUUUUCUCGCAUCUGCAGAAAUCAAUUUUUCGUUGUGCGCCGAGUAGUGAACAUUAAAAUUUUCUUCCGCGCGAAGUUUUCGGAGUUAUGGCUGCAAAUUGGAUAAAAAUUACAGACAGAGCGCGAGAGGGCCUUAAAAUUAUAAAUGCCAUACCUUACGACACUUUCACUACUGUACUAAAUUUUGUACAUCGGCAAAUGACUCCCGCCGUCACCGAAGAUGUGAUAGAGCCCGAAAAUGCCUUGGAGGAAUUAGAACGCUUGGUUGGUGUGCCACGUGCUGAUUUUCUACUUAUGAUUAAAACAUUUUCCUACAUUCUUCGACGCACUUCCACAUUUGUUAUAAAACCAACUCGUUUGCAUGCAGAAUUACGAGAAAAGCUCGAACUUCAGGAUGAUGCGAAAAUCGAUGCGAUAGUACGACUGUGGGUGCGCCAAACUACGCCCAUCAUGAAUAGUUUGGCUUGUGAACGAUACGAAUCAAAUGAAAUCCAAGACGUGGCAUGGAAGUUAAAUGUUGAGAUUUCUUCGCAUUGUGAGCAACGUGAAAAAAGUGCCUUGGCAAUGUUGCAGCUAAAAACUGGUACUGGCGAAGAUAUUAAUUUAGAGAUGAACCACGACGAAUUACUACAAUUAUAUAACCAAUUUGAAUGCAUUCAAAGCGAGUUAGAUUCUCUAAAACAGCAGCAAGCGCAUCAGAAAGCACUGACGGAGUAAAUUCAGAUCUGACGUCUGCCCGGCUAUUUUAAAGCAAAAAGACGGAAUUCUAGAUAUAUCAAGCACCCAUCGCCAAAAGAACGAACAUCGGAAUCUUCAAAACCUCGCAUUAUUUACAAAACAACGCAAUAGUAAUCUUUUCAAAAUAAAUAAAUAUGUAAACUAAACGCACAGCAAUAAAGGAAGGAAGGCGGCCGCGUUGUGUUAAGAAUAUUUAAUCAAAAACCUGCUGACGUUCAGAAAAGUUAGGGGCUGAGAGAGAAUGCUUACAGCAAGUAUUUGCAUAGAUAAAUACGUACUCGUGUAUUGUUGCUGAUUCACGAGCGAUAAAGAAAACAACAACAUUUGCCAUACAAAAAAAUAACAAAUGAAGCCCACAUCAAUGAAUAAGGCAAAAAUAAAGAGAUAAUAAAGAAACAGAAAAGAGCCUCUAAGUACAACGGAAAGAUAAAAAACGAAUCAAAAGGUUUGUGCAAGAUAACAUUUGCAAUAUGGCGAAAAAAGUGGUAUGCGCACGCAGCGGGGAAAAAAUUUUCGGCGCUUACAAAAUUGUCUCUUGAUUCAGAAAGAAAUAGUGGCUGAGCGCGCUAGCCUCACGAUGCAAUAAUAAGAGAUGACGUACCUAGUAAUAUUUUAUAGAUUAUAAAAACUUUUUGGGGCUUGUUAAAAUUUUAGUCAUCGUCAUUUGGAAAUUUACUAUACCUUCUAAAAUCCAAUUUAACAUUUUAUUUACGAAGUUUACGCGGUUACGAGGCACGUAAGCGUUUAGAUGAAUACCCAUAAUACAUAUAUUUUAUGUUUUCUUUUUAAUUAAUAUUUUUUUACUUCUUCCUCACAGGCACACAUUUCGCUCUGCUUUAACAUUUUCUUUUUUUUAUUAUGAAGGAACCAUAAUCAAAACGAGGACAAGGCAACACAUUUCGAGGCUGUCAAAAUGAGAAAUAUCAGAAAGCAGUUGCAUGAGUUACACUUUGCUUGUUAAGUGUUUUUCGAAAGCGGUUUUUUUUUUUUGGUUUCCGAAAAGCGAGUUGCAUGGACAAUUUCGGAAAACGCUUUUUGGCUUUUCACUCAGCGAAUGAAUUUCUGACAAUCUACUACUGCGGUACUAAAAUGCAACCUAGAGCCGCUUUGCCGGUUGUUGAUUAUUUCUCUUCAUUAUAAUAACCGUUAUUUUCAGUUUGAACAUUAAUUUAUUAUUCAUAACUAAACAAUUAAGUUCCGAAAAAUAAUUAAUGAAAAGCAUUUCUGCUGUUUCAUUCAAAAUUAAGCGUUAUUGUGUCACACGGCAAAACUCGAUCAGUUUUACAGUACUUGCUGCAGAAAUAAAAAUUGCUAGUGCAGCACGAGCAAGCUGUAAUAUAUUUUAUAUUUUAAUUUCUGAAACAGAUUUCCGAAAUGUGACAGAAAGGUCUUCCGACUGUUCACACGUGGAAAUAAAUUUCUCUUUCUCAAUUUGAAAUUGGAAUUGUGUGGAAAAGUUGGAAACAUUGCCAAGUCUGGCAGGCGCUAAAUAUAGAAAUAAAAGUAGCUUAUUCCUUUUUUAUUUUAAUGUGUCGAAAUCGAAAUAGCUUCGCUGUAAAAUUAAAAAAAUAUUUUUUUAAAGGCAAAUUGAAUUUUCUAAGCGAGCUUAAGCGGACGGAUUAGAGCGAGAAGUUGCCUUUUAUUAUUAAAAUUUUUUUUUUUUGAGAUUUAAUUCCAGCUCAAA